CAAAUAGCUAACAUUACGUUAGCCACAGAGAAAGAUAGAGAGCUAGGUAGCUAACGUUAGCUGGCUAGUAGUAUUCUAACACAGGCAAGUGAGCUCAGUAGUAGCUGGCGAACUGGUUUGCACAUACUGCGUUGUCACGCGUUUCUUCGCCUUAGCUACAGUAAUCUGUUUUCAUACAGAAGAAGAUGGGGACCAGAGACGAUGAAUACGAUUAUUUGUUUAAAGUGGUGCUGAUCGGAGACUCAGGCGUUGGGAAGAGUAACCUGCUGUCACGUUUCACUCGCAACGAAUUCAACCUGGAGAGCAAGAGCACCAUUGGCGUGGAGUUUGCAACCCGCAGCAUCCAGGUUGACGGCAAGACCAUAAAGGCUCAGAUCUGGGACACGGCGGGACAGGAGCGCUACAGAGCUAUCACCUCAGCGUACUAUCGGGGGGCGGUGGGGGCGCUGCUGGUCUAUGACAUCGCUAAGCACCUGACCUACGAGAACGUGGAGCGCUGGCUGAAGGAGUUGCGGGACCAUGCAGACAGCAACAUUGUCAUCAUGCUGGUGGGCAACAAGAGUGACCUGCGCCACCUGAGGGCCGUGCCCACUGACGAGGCACGCACCUUUGCAGAGAAGAACGGCUUGUCUUUUCUCGAAACCUCUGCCUUGGAUUCCACCAAUGUGGAGACUUCUUUCCAGACUAUCUUGUCAGAAAUUUACCACAUCGUGUCCCAGAAGCAGAUGUCGGACCGCAGGGAUAACGACAUGUCUCCUAGCAACAAUGUGGUGUCGAUUCAAGUGCAGCCCACUGAAAACAAGGCAAAGUCGCAGUGCUGCCAGGGAGUCUAGUAACAUCCCCAAAGCCCCAGCCCUCUUAUAAAGAACACAGCUGCGCAAGGCCAGACUCUGGUCCGCUACGAGUCUCAGACGGUCGCUGUCUGGCAUGAAGACUGAGCUGUUUCUGAAGCCGUAUGCUUUUAUAUCACCGUGUUUUAAUGAUCAGGUGUGCAGAUUGUCACAGAAAUGUCUCCAUACGUAAAGUUUCGUCUGACGUUCCGCUUUGCUUGACUUUUCUGUUGCUGUCAUUGUGUGUUACAUCUGUGUUUUCACGUGUGUGUUUAAGAAGCGUGUGGCCCUGGUGUGUCAGGUCGUGUCUGUCUUAAUAGUGAAUGUUUACACAAUUUGAGAA